AUGGCGAAAGGCCAGACGGGUGCGAACCCAUCCGAAAUUGAGCCUACACUCCCUGCCAUGUUGUCGACGCCCUGGACGUUCCUUCAUCCGACCGAUCAAUUGCACGCUCAAAUCGCAGACUCCGCAAAGCAAAUUCUCGAUCCGCUAGCAGCUUCGGUCGUCGACGGCCAAACCCUCCGCCGCCAAAUCAACAAGAAGCGCAAGAGAGUCGAUGCUGAACUAGAUGGUGUUCCGCCCCUUCAACUGAAGAACCUUUAUGUGGCCGGCUUCACCUCCAACCAAAUAUGGGAACAAGCCACUCGGAUCCUCGAGUCCGCUGGAAGGGAAGUUGAGCGUGAUAUCACACUGCUUACCCGCAACGAUGACAACCUAUCCUCAGCCGACGAGGAUGAACUCGAUGUCUCCGACCCCGAGGGCUCGGCUUCUGAAAGCGACGACGGCGACAGCUUGUCCGACGAUUUCUCGGAAAAAGCGAUCCUCGAUGACAAUGACGAGGAGCUGCUUGAAGAGUCUCAGCAUUCGGAUGAGGAAGUUUCAGAGUCUGAGGAUAUAAUGGACGACGCCAUGAGCGUGGACGACUCGGAGGAGAAAGAUCCAGGCACCUAUGUGGAAGAUCGGUUCGGUCUCAACGACGGAUUCUUUUCAAUCGACGAUUUCAACAAACAAACCGAGCACUGGGAGAGGCUAGAUGCCAGAGGCGCGGGCAAUGAUGCCGACGACAGUGAUGAUGACGAGAUUGACUGGCAUGCCAAUCCCAUGGCCGGCAUGGGAACAAUUUCCAAUCCCUCGGACUCAAGGAAAACACGCGGUUCAGAUGACAAGGACGGCAUGGAUGAUGAUGAUAGCGAGGAGGAUGGUCCAACCUUUGGAAACGCAGAUCUUAACGGCGACUCCGACUCAGACGAUGAUGCCUUUGAUGGGGAGGAUGCAGGUAUGGGUGGGAUUGAGAACGCAAACGACAUCAGAUACGCCGAUUUCUUUGCGCCACCCCCGCGCAAAGCCUCAUCCAAGAAGGCACGCGCAUUGCCAAAGACCCAACCAUCUGCAGAAGUGAUGGAGGGUGAUGUGGAACGCGCCAUGGCCGACGUUCGACGUGACCUCUUCGACGAGGAAUCCGAAGGCGAAGCCGAGGUUGAUGAGAUGCAUGAGGCUGGCGAUUCAAACGUGCCACGCUCGACCCACGAAAAGCAGCGCGCUCGGAUUGCCGAUGAGAUUCGCCGCCUGGAAGCGGCCAACGUGGCCAAGAAAGAGUGGAUGCUUACUGGUGAAGCCAGAGCGGUUGAACGUCCUGUGAACUCUCUCAUCGAGGAGGACCUCGACUUUGAGCGAGUGGGCAAGCCAGUCCCCGUCGUGACAAAUGAGACCACCGAGGACAUCGAGGAGCUUGUCAAGCGUCGCAUUCUUGCGAAGGAGUUUGAUGAGGUGAUCCGCCGUCGCCCAGGCGCUGCCGAUGUCGAGUCUUCCCGGCGUGGAAGAUUCGAGCUGGCGGACACCAAACCUCAGCAAAGCCUGGCGGAAAUGUACGAAGCCGAUCACCUCAAAGCAACGGAUGCCAAUUACGUCGACCCCAAGAACCAGAAGUUGAUGCGAGAGCAUGCCGAGGUGACCGAUCUCUGGAAAGAGAUCAGCUCCAAAUUGGACCUUCUCUGCAACUUGAACUACAAGCCCCAAACACCCCAAAUCAGCAUCAACGUGGUCAGCGAUGCUCCCACGAUCAUGAUGGAGGACGCCCGACCCACGGCUGGCAGCGCUGUGGGAGGACCGUCAGCCCUGGCUCCUCAGGAAAUUUACGCGCCCGGCGACGAUGGCCGCGUCGCUGGCGAGGUGGUGCUCAAGACUGGUGCAGUCAUCUCCAAGGACGAGAUGAGCCGGGAAGAGAAGGCUCGGAAGAGGAGGCAGAAGAAGAGCCAGCGGAAGGAGGAUGUGUCCACCAAGCCUUCUGGCAAGGCUGCCGAGAAGCAACAACUCGUGUCCGACCUCAAGAAGGGUGGUGUCAAGGUCAUCAACAAGGAGGGCAAGGUCACGGAUAUGAGUGGAAGCAAGGUGGGAGCGACUACCAAGAGCAGUGGAGAUACCCUCAAGCUAUGA